AUGAGUAGCCCAACCCCAAAUCGUAAACAAAAAUCAAGGCAAAGGGAAAGGGAAAGAUCAGCCAAAUCUUCUGCCCCCCAAUCCCGCCCAAGAGAAUCAUCCCGCUCAGGAGAACCAGUUCGCUCGGAAGGAUCGGCUCGCUCAGAGGAAUCUGGUCGCUCAUGGCAAUCGGUUCGCUCAUGGCAAUCGGUUCGCAAAGGAGUUUCAAAGCAUCUUGACAACAACCCUCAUCGUCCAUCGGAUACACAAACACCACCACUUCCACAAAGAGAGCUUCCAAUAGACGUCGGUCACAAUCAUUAUCGCUCGGCAGAUGCGCAAGUAUAUCCAAAUCUUCAAAAUGCAAGGCGUGUGUUCGCUGGCAUUCGUCCUCAAGCGCCACUACAUCCGCAAGGAGGAGCUCCCAGAUACUUUGAUCCUACACCCCAGCACCCAUCAAAUUUCCAAAGGCAACCAGCACAGCAAGAGAAUUUUAAUGAAGGUAGACGUCAAGGCCAGCCUAUCCCCCCACCGUUGGUUGCUGCUGCCGCGGACUCAAGACCUUUCCCUCAAGAAUUUAAUGUUCGUACACCCCACGGCACUCGCCGCCCUACCACCGAGCAAGUACAACAGAUACCAAUUGAAGAAAUUCGACCUGCUCGAGAAAGAGAUCAAAAUCGAAAUCCUUAUCCAGGCCCAGAGUUCCCUCCGGAUCCAAGAUAUGGCGAUCAGACUCGUGAUAGACUUCCCCUGCAGGAAGUCGCGCGCGGUCGAAGACAAGCCAGCUUAAGAAAGUCUUCCGUCUCUGAUGCACAUGGCAGCGAUCUCAGAGGUGGCUUAGGCUCACGAGAAAGCUCGCAAAGUUCAACUCCUCGCGAUGACAGAAGAAUAUCAUCCUCAAAAAGAGAGUCUGUCAGAUCUCAAAAUCCCUGGAAGGAAGGUUAUACGGGUGACUGGAGCAAACCCAAAUCCAAAAAAAAGAACCAACAUAGUAGUCUGCUGGGAGAAGUCUUGAAGUGCGCAGGAUAUGUAGAUGCUAUGACUUCAAAAGGUUUAAUGCGCAAACGCGAAAACCACAAAAGCGGUCAUCGUGAGCGGCACGAUGACCCUUCUGAAAAAUUCGACGAUGAAUCUGUUGAAGGGCAGCCUCCCCCUGGCUCUCCCCGUCAAUUCGACACUAGGGGUCGUAGACCUACUAGACAGUAA